UAGGGAAAUUUGUCAUCAAUGGCUGCCAUGGAUAACCAACUGGUAAGAAUCUACCGGGAUAUCGAACACUGGGACGCCUUGACCAAAGACGCCGAGCAGGAUGUCAGGAGAAUCAUGCGUAACAUCAUGGCCCUGGACGAGCAAAUUGCCAUUGCCAAUGGAUAUCCAGACCAAGAGCUAUUGCAGUCCUAUGAAUUUGCUGUGCAGAUGGCCAACCUAGGGCUCGAAAGGGAGGCUCUGUACAAUGAAUGGGUCGCUACAAACGGACGACUCAAGGAGCUGCGAUCAAUCCCGCGGCAACGUCUUGAGCUGCAGGAGUAUCUCGAGGCCUGCCACUCGAUCGACUUGGCGAUGCCGGCGCGCGACAUCCUGCCUUCGCGCUUCGAGGUCAUCACGGAUGAAGCAGAGAUUGAGUCCACAAUCUAUCCCCAGCACAUUGUGCCGGCGACGGACUUUGCGGCGAAGCAGAUGGACAUCUGGUCGAGGCUGUCCCAGGGUCCUGAAAUUUGCGAUGGCGCCUGGUACACGGGCUAUUUGGAGCUCGAGUGGAUACGGGCGAAAGUGGACGCCAAUAUCGUCGGCUGUCCACAUUCGCUCUUUACGUUUAUGGGGGAUACGGUGGACGAAGCGGUUACUGAUAUCCUGGGCCGAAUCGUUAAGGAUGGCCAUCUGGUCCAAAGUCUCGGCAUUGGGGCUUUUAUCGAGACAGUUGACGAUGAGAAGAUUGUCAACAUAUCUCGUUCACCUUUGGACCAGGGGCUGUCCACCAUUUUCUCGUACAGAAAACUGAGAGGCGGAAUCCUUCGCCGUCCGGUGCCUGUGCUCGUGACCUGCUACCGGCCGCCGUACAGGCUGAGCCUCAACGAGAUCCUCACGGGGCUGCGAGGAAGCAUCGAGGUGGCGAGGGAGAUUGUGCAGUCCCCAGCCGUCAAGAGGUUUUGCGAAAUGUCAAAGGUGCUCGUCGUCGCCGUCAUCACGCACCUCUUCCAGCGCAUGCUCGUCGUCGGCACGCGCUUUGGCUACAUCACCACCGGGGAGGCCUACAUCUUUCUCGAAAUCGGCGCCGAUGCCCGCCUCGUGAGAUACUCGCUGUGCGUGCCGCGCCACGAUGUAGAGUCCGAUCCGGUGACGGGGCUUCACCGCACGGCGGUUGCUCAGGUGCUGGCCUUUACGCUGCGAGCCUUUCGAGCCAAGCGGAUGCCCCCUGCGUGGUACCAAAAGGCACAACAGGAGCUCUGGAAGUGGCGCGUGGAUCCCGACGACAUCUUCAACAAGAUCCCGCCCCUGGUGCGCAAGAUGAAGCGCAAUAUCGAGUAUGUGCCCGGCAACUGGAGCCCCUAUUUGGAGAGGUCGCCCCUUGAGCAGCGCGUUCAGCGCAUGAUCUUGCCGGGGUUAAAGCCGCGCUUCAAUGAGGCCAGCUUCAACGACUUGGGCUACUUUGGGUUCCUCACCAGCCACCGCAUCCAACCGGCCGGUGAGCCAAUGGACCAAGAUGACGAGCCCAGCGGCCAAGACGAAGAGCCCAGCAACCAGGACGGAGAGUCCAUCGAACCGGCCGAAAUCCUCAUCGACUACCAGCCCUUUUGCACUCCGGAGUGCCUUUGGGGACUGGAGCGCUUCAGAGCCCUGGACAAGGCGUGUCCCAACUUCCGGUAUCACGGCAACAAGCACCUUCGGCUGCACGAGUUGCUGGAUGGCCUGCAGGAGCAGCUCGACGGCGAAGCGGCGAACUGGACCCAGACCAACCACAAGUUUCUCUGCCGGAGCGGUCUGUAUACGACGCUGCUCAAGGUGAGGCUCGCGUCGCAUGGCUACACGCUCUUGCUAAAGGGCGUGAUCCCGUCAAAGAUCGACCACCUGUGCCGCGAAGCCGACAUGUAUGACCAGCUGCUGGCACUCCAGGGCUUUUUUAUUCCGGUGAGCUUUGGCAUGAUUGAGACCCAGAAUGAAGUCUUCAGCCGCUCUUUUGGAGGCUUCAGCCUCUUCAUGGUGUUUGGUGGGUUUCCCGAGGGAGUCAUGCCUCUGUACCAGUGCAUGGCUGCGGGCAUUGACAAGCAGGUGAUUGUCGAUGCUGCGGAGAGGACGUUCCGGUAUAUACACGCCGAGCGCGUCUUCCAUUUCGACCCGGAGCCGCGGAACAUGCUGUACGAUGCCAGACAGAAUAGGGUCAUUGUUGCGGACUUUGAGAGGGCGAUGUAUGAUGAGGUGGAGGGGCAGCAGUAUCUGAAUCCGAUUUUGCAGAUUGAGGGGGUUCAUGAGUGGACGCCGGAGCGGAAGAGGAUUCCGGAUGUGUGCUUUGGGCAGCAGAGGGAUUAUGUGAGGCAGAGGAUUGAGGAGUUUUUCGAGAGGGGGUACUGA